CAUAUGACAUGAGCUUCAACCUCAACUUCGGCUAAUGUGACUCUACUUAAACAUUUGUUUUCAAAUUGUGCGCUUGUUGAUAAUUCGUACAUAUUGUUAUGACAAGUAAUUUAAUAAAACAUUUAUCUACAAUACCGGAAACAUUAAUCAGUAAUUCAUAAGUAUUGAUUUAUAUAUUUAAUUCGCUUUAAGACGUACGUUUUACGCAGCGGAUCAUAAUGGAUAUACAUUUGCGGGAUUUAUUGUGUUCGUUGUCCCAUAUUGUGCUCUGUGCCAUACUGGCGAGUGCUGGUGUCGAUGGCGGGAGUUUACGUCGGCAGACGGCCACGUGCACAGAGACCUCUGUCGUCGACAUUGAGUCAAAUGCUGGGGUGAAAAUAGAACCUAUUGAACAGAGUCGCGUCUAUAUUGAAACACUGUCUACGCCUUUUGAUGACGGGCACACUUUGCGUUUUGAGUUCAAUACAAAAUCCGGCAACGGGACGCUGUUCUAUGCCGUGCGCCGCAACGAUAUCUACGACAUGGUGUCAGCGGAGAUCAGUGACGGAUACGUGCAGUUUAAGAUACGCUGCCGCUCCUCGUACGCUGACCUCACCAUUCCGGGCAUCCGGGUGGAUGAUGGCGAGUGGCACAGGAUCAAGUUCCAUCGCAAGAAACGAAAGGGCAUCUUCCUGCUGGACGACCUGGAGUACUUCGAGCACUACUAUGUGGGCUGUGGCGGCUUCACUUCCGUCAACUUCGGCAGCACCCACCGAGACCACGAUGACUCCUUCAGCGUGCGCGAGUUACAGAAUAAAAACGGCCAUUUAAGCGGAUGUAUACGUAAUGUUAAGAUAACUACGGGAAUAGACACACCGCCCAAGUACACAGCCAUUUCGCAGUGCAAUUGAAGACGUUGCAAUCUCUCUAGCAAGAGGAGAACGUGUAUUAUAUUUGUUACCAACGCCAUUCCAUUGACAGCGUCUUGUUAACUCUGAUGGUUUUGUCGUCAUACGUGUGGUACGGUUUAUAAACCUUACUAUUGCUGCAUAUCAUACAGUGCUGCCGAGUUUGUAUACUAUUGUGAAGACGACACAUUACACUCAAUUUCAAUGCCAACAUGCACCGUUUAAUGACAACGACUUUGCGAACAUUGAUGUGAGCGUAUGGUUGCGGGGUAACAAGAUGAAUCUCAGCAUAAUUAUGCUACUUGUACCGCCAGAAGCCAAUCUGAUCUCCGAUAGUGUACACAAUGCAAACGAAAAGAUCUCUACGUCAGUAAAUGGUGGUAACACAUAUUAAAUUUACGUUUAUGUUACUUAUAGCAACCGGUCGUACGACAAAUGUACAUAUAUACUUUAUAUAGCCACGUUUUGAAAUGGCUGGUUUUGACUGUUCCGUCCAUAAGUUGUUGUGUCGUUACCUCGAACUAUUUUGUAUUUGUAGACCAUUAUUAAACUAUGGAAAUGUU